GUGGGAUUAGGAUCGGCUGGACUUCUAAUCAAAGUGGCGCUGAUAGCCUAAUCUCAUGCUUUAUAGGCUAAACGGCAGCGUUUCCGUCUCUGUAAACAGAGAUACGUCAGCAUCUACAAGUUUAUAUACUUGAAACUUCUGGAACUUUCGCGCUCUUCCUCGACGCCGAUCAAAUUUCCCCUUUUCAGUAUAAAUAUCCCAAACCCUUCGUUUCUCAACCAACAAAUUAGAAAAAAUUCCUGAGAAAAAAAAAUCUUCGUCUUCGUCUAAGCUCUCAUCAAAUCGUCGUUGAUUCAAGGUUUUCCAGAUUCUCGUCACCAAUGGAUCCAUUCUUCAGAAGGCAUUGGCACAAUUUCGCCCCACAACAUCAGUACCAGCAGACCAAUUUCGCGUCACAACAUCAGUACCCGCAGAAGGCGAGGGAAGUCCCAGUUCAGCGCCGAGCGGACCCGUCGCCGAAGGUGGUCUCGAUCCCGGUUCAGUACGUCGGGUUGGAGCGCAGGCGGUCCGAUUCGGCGCUGAAAAUCCAGAAGGCGUUCAGAGGGUUCCUGGUGAGGAAAAGCGUGAGGAAGAUCGCGGCGAUCAGAGUCGAGGUCGGCGAGAUCGAGAAGCGGAUUUCUAAGCGUGAGGCGGUGGAAUUGAUGAGGAGGGACGCCAAGGAGCGGCUGAAGGUGAACGAGACGCUGAUGAACUUGCUGUUGAAGUUGGAUUCGGUGAAGGGCGUCGAUUCCGGGGUUAGGGAUGUCAGGAGGGCCGUGAUAAAAAAGGCGAUUGCUUUGCAGGAGAAGGUGGACAGCGCUGUUGCUGAAAAUCCCCAAAUCGACCAAACCCUAGAAUUGCAAUCCGAAUCCCCUUUAAAUUCGGAUGAGACUCAGAAUUCGCAGUCUCUGGAAUUGGAAUCGGCAGCCGAGCCCCAAAUCGAAACUGUCCCACACGGCAAUGCGUGGGGGUGCAGAGAGGAAGAAGACUCUGUGAGUGAUAGCGAGUCCUCUGGAUCGUCUUGUGAGGAUUCGCCGAACCCGAUGGAGGAUGGGGUGGAGGAUGUUAAGGUGGUGGAACGAGAGGAGGCGGCGGAGGAGGAGGGAGCUGGGGAGAUUGUGAAGGAUGAUGAGAACAAAAGGAGCAGUAGCAGAGAGCUGCUGGAGAGGGUGGCGGAGGACAACGCGAAGAUGAUGGGAAUGAUGGAGGAGCUGUUUGAGAAGAACCAGAUGCAGACGCGGAUGCUGAGCUCGCUGUCGCAGAGGGUGGAGCAGCUGGAGAGGGCGCUUGUGUGUGAGAGGUUGAGGAGAAGGAAGAGGAGGCAUGCUGCUGCAACUGCAGAUUUCGUGUCCAAGUAACAAGUUAUUUCUUUUUGCUAAUUACAUUUUGGCAAGGAUUUCGCGUUCUAUAAUUCAUAUGGCGGAUCUUAUUAGUGGGAAAAAGUUUUAUCGUUAUUUGUUGUAAAGGAUUUGAAACGUGCAUUGUAUGAUGGAUGAAAUUUGAUGCUUUUGGUGUAUUAGCUACUUGCGGAAUCGAUGUGAUUACCUAGGAAAACAGCGUCCUCUUGUAAAUGUGGCACAUUUGGCCCGAUUGAUGAGAUGACAUGUGGAGGGCGCAUAUAAAAUUUAAUUUGGUCAA